CACACCCAUGGCCACCACCACCACCACCACCAUCACCGCCACAGCGCAGCACCACCACCCCCACCACCACAAGCAGCGGCCAUGUCUUCCUCGGCCUCCCUGCAGAGCUUCCUCCCGCCCUCGGCCCACGCGGCGAGGUCGUCGUCCCGGCACCGGCCCAGCCGCGCCCGCCCCUUCCAGUGCGCGGCCGUCUCCGCGCCGUCGUCGUCGGCCGCCUCGCCGUCGGCCUCGGCCGUCCCGGCGGAGCGGCUGGAGCCUCGCGUGGAGCAGCGGGAGGGCGGCUACUGGGUGCUCAAGGAGAAGUACCGCACCAGCCUGAACCCGCAGGAGAAGGUGAAGCUGGGCAAGGAGCCCAUGGCGCUCUUCACGGAGGGCGGCAUCAAGGAGCUCGCCAAGCUGCCCAUGGAGCAGAUCGACGCCGACAAGCUCACCAAGGAGGACGUCGACGUGCGGCUCAAGUGGCUCGGCCUCUUCCACCGCCGCAAGCAGCAGUAUGGGCGGUUCAUGAUGCGGCUGAAGCUGCCCAACGGCGUGACGACGAGCGAGCAGACGCGGUACCUGGCCGGCGUGAUCGAGAAGUACGGCAAGGAGGGGUGCGCCGACGUGACGACCCGGCAGAACUGGCAGAUCCGCGGCGUGACGCUGCCGGACGUGCCGGAGAUCCUGGAGGGGCUCCGCUCCGUCGGCCUCACCAGCCUGCAGAGCGGCAUGGACAACGUGCGCAACCCCGUCGGCAGCCCGCUCGCCGGCAUCGACCCCCUCGAGAUCGUCGACACGCGCCCCUACACCAACCUCCUCUCCUCCUACAUCACCAACAACUCCGAGGGCAACCUCGCCAUCACCAACCUUCCUAGGAAGUGGAACGUGUGCGUGAUCGGCACCCACGACCUGUACGAGCACCCGCAUAUCAACGACCUGGCGUACAUGCCGGCCGAGAAGGACGGCAAGUUCGGGUUCAACCUGCUGGUGGGCGGGUUCAUCAGCCCCAAGAGGUGGGGCGAGGCCCUGCCGCUCGACGCCUGGGUGCCCGGCGACGACAUCAUCCCGGUCUGCAAGGCCGUCCUCGAGGCCUUCCGCGACCUCGGCACCAGGGGCAACCGCCAGAAGACGCGCAUGAUGUGGCUCAUCGACGAGCUCGGGAUGGAGGCGUUCCGGUCGGAGAUCGAGAAGAGGAUGCCGAACGGCGUGCUGGAGCGCGCGGCGGCCGAGGACCUGAUCGACAAGAAGUGGGAGAGGCGUGACUACCUCGGCGUGCACCCGCAGAAGCAGGAGGGGCUCUCCUUCGUCGGCCUGCACGUGCCCGUCGGCCGGCUGCAGGCCGCCGACAUGUUCGAGCUGGCCCGCCUCGCCGACGAGUACGGCUCCGGCGAGCUCCGCCUCACCGUGGAGCAGAACAUCGUGCUCCCCAACGUCAGGAACGACAAGGUGGAGGCGCUGCUCGCCGAGCCGCUGCUGGAGAAGUUCUCGGCGCACCCGUCGCUGCUGAUGAAGGGGCUGGUGGCGUGCACCGGCAACCAGUUCUGCGGGCAGGCCAUCAUCGAGACCAAGGCGCGGGCGCUGCAGGUGACGCGCGACGUGGAGGCGCGCGUGUCCGUGCCCAGGGCGGUGCGCAUGCACUGGACGGGGUGCCCCAACAGCUGCGCGCAGGUGCAGGUGGCCGACAUCGGCUUCAUGGGCUGCCUCACCAAGAACAGCAGCGGCAAGAUCGUCGAGGCGGCGGACAUCUUCGUCGGCGGCCGCGUCGGCAGCGACUCGCACCUCACGGGGGUGUACAAGAAGGCGGUGCCGUGCGAGGACCUGGUGCCCGUCGUCGCCGACCUCCUGGUGGAGCGGUUCGGGGCCGUGCCCAGGGAGAGGGAGGAGGACGAGGAGUAGGCCGGCCGGCUACGAGCGCCACCGGCUGACCUCCUUCUCCUGAUCUCGAUCGCCUCUGUCGUCGGCUCGUCGCGCACGUAGAGAUGGGCUGCGGCUGAUGUAAAGUAGGCAAUGCCGCCAUGCUUCCAUGGCGCACGCUUGUACCACGUUUUUGGUUUGUUGUCGGAGCCCAAAGUUCUUCCGGUUACGUUACAGGGGAUGAUUGAAUUGGUGAUAUA